UAGGGAUUUACUUCAACGACAAAGUAAGAGUUGCAGUCCUCCAUUUUGAACCUUUCUAGAAUCUCACAAGCAUACUCCAAGAAAUAACUCAUUUCUCCAGAGUCGGACUUAUCGAAUUCUAUCCUCAUGGAAGCCUUAAACUCUUCAACCAUGCUUGCUUUAGUCCUUGUCAGGACCAAAUCAUCAACCUAUGAUACAUGAGCAGUUUACUUCUAUACUUGGGAGAAGAGUACGAAUCUGUAACCUCACCACCAAGCAACUGCUUCGCAAAGUUUGGGAGGUGAGCAAGGAAGAUGGGCAGAUGAGAUCCGAGCAUCAAGUGUUGGUACUUGGUCCUGGAGCUUAUUGGAGAAGUACUUAUAGCAACGCUCCUCCUCCUCCUCAUCGUCCUUUCUCACAAGGUAUCUCCAUCAACGGUAUGUUGUACUAUGGAGCAGCUUGGGUUGAUGCAAAUAAAUGUGUGCUCGUGAGUUUUGACUUGACUUUUGAAGAAUUCAAUUUGAUUGAGUUACCUGUAGAGGCUGGUAUCAUUUGGCACUCAUAUCGUGCUAACCUCGUUAACUACAGAGACAAAUUAGAUAUUUUCGAAUACUCUAAACUUGCGGUUGAUGCGAGUGUAGACCUAAGGGUUAUGGAGGAUGUGAAGAAGAAGAAGAAGUGGUCAAAAAAAACUUUGGUCUUGCCACUUGACCAAAUGAAUGUUGUCCAUGGCGAUGACUUGGUGCUGCCCGGCACGAGUCGCUGCGUUCAGCUCAGACUGGGAAAGAAACAUCUCUUCUUGUAUUUCAUUUUUAAGUUCUGUAUUGUGCUUUCAGAGUUGUCUUUGAACUGUUAG